GGCGGCGGCGGCGGCGGCGGCGGCGGCGCUCCGGCUGCUGAGCCGCCUGAGAGCCCCCGCGCCCAGCCCCUCCUCCGCUCGGGCGGCCACGGAGCCCAGCUGCAUUGCCCAAGGAUUCCUUUGUUCUUUCUUCCUAGUGCUUGAUGGGCGGCAUUAUGGCCCCCAAAGACAUAAUGACAAAUACUCACGCCAAGUCCAUCCUCAACUCAAUGAACUCUCUCAGGAAGAGCAACACCCUCUGCGAUGUGACAUUGAGAGUGGAGCAGAAGGACUUCCCUGCCCACCGGAUUGUGCUGGCUGCCUGCAGUGACUAUUUCUGUGCCAUGUUCACUAGUGAGCUUUCAGAGAAGGGGAAGCCAUAUGUUGACAUUCAAGGUUUAACUGCUUCUACUAUGGAAAUUCUGUUGGACUUUGUAUACACAGAAACAGUACACGUGACAGUGGAGAAUGUUCAAGAACUGCUCCCUGCAGCCUGUCUACUUCAGCUGAAAGGUGUGAAACAAGCCUGCUGUGAGUUCUUAGAAAGUCAGUUGGACCCUUCUAAUUGCCUGGGUAUCAGGGAUUUUGCUGAAACUCACAAUUGCGUUGACCUGAUGCAAGCAGCUGAGGUUUUUAGCCAGAAGCAUUUUCCUGAAGUGGUGCAGCAUGAAGAGUUCAUUCUCCUGAGUCAAGGAGAGGUGGAGAAGCUAAUCAAGUGCGAUGAAAUCCAGGUGGAUUCUGAGGAGCCAGUCUUUGAGGCUGUCAUCAACUGGGUGAAGCAUUCCAAGAAGGAGCGAGAGGAGUCCUUGCCUGACCUCUUACAGUAUGUCCGGAUGCCGCUGCUGACCCCCAGGUACAUUACAGAUGUGAUAGAUGCUGAGCCUUUCAUCCGAUGUAGUUUACAGUGCAGGGAUCUAGUUGAUGAAGCAAAGAAAUUUCACCUGAGGCCUGAACUUCGGAGUCAGAUGCAAGGACCCAGGACAAGAGCCCGUCUAGGAGCCAAUGAAGUGCUUCUGGUGGUUGGGGGCUUCGGAAGUCAGCAGUCUCCUAUUGAUGUGGUAGAGAAAUAUGACCCCAAGACACAGGAGUGGAGCUUUCUGCCAAGUAUCACCCGAAAAAGACGGUAUGUAGCCUCGGUUUCCUUACAUGAUCGGAUCUAUGUGAUUGGCGGGUAUGAUGGCCGCUCCCGCCUCAGUUCAGUGGAAUGUCUAGACUACACAGCAGAUGAAGAUGGAGUCUGGUAUUCUGUGGCCCCUAUGAACGUGCGACGAGGCCUUGCUGGAGCUACCACACUGGGAGAUAUGAUUUAUGUCUCUGGAGGCUUUGAUGGAAGCAGGCGUCAUACAAGUAUGGAGCGGUAUGACCCAAACAUUGAUCAGUGGAGCAUGCUGGGAGAUAUGCAGACAGCUCGAGAGGGUGCAGGACUAGUAGUGGCCAGCGGAAUAAUCUACUGUCUCGGAGGAUAUGAUGGCUUGAAUAUAUUAAAUUCAGUUGAGAAAUAUGAUCCCCAUACAGGACACUGGACUAACGUUACACCCAUGGCCACCAAACGUUCUGGUGCUGGAGUAGCCCUACUGAAUGACCAUAUUUAUGUGGUGGGGGGUUUUGAUGGCACAGCCCACCUCUCUUCUGUUGAAGCUUACAACAUUCGCACUGAUUCCUGGACAACCGUCACGAGUAUGACCACUCCACGGUGCUAUGUAGGGGCCACAGUGCUUCGGGGGAGGCUCUAUGCAAUUGCAGGAUACGAUGGGAAUUCUCUGCUGAGUAGCAUUGAGUGUUACGACCCUAUCAUCGACAGCUGGGAAGUAGUGGCCUCCAUGGGAACCCAGCGUUGCGAUGCUGGGGUGUGCGUGCUUCGAGAAAAGUAACUUAUUGAACACCAGCUGGAGCCAAUGAGUACUCCAAGGAACAGUUUGUGGGAGAAUCAAGGAUCCUUUCCGGAAUGUUUCUAUCUCACUGUGUGCAUGGGGAUUACAGGCACCAGUGCUGUGACGAUUGUACUUGUUUGAACACACUCUCCUUCGCAGUGGUACUGUUGCUCCGAAGGGCGGGUAACAACAGGUACUCAAGGGAAGAGUGCACCUUUGGAUGUGCGAGACCUGA